GAAUGCUCUGACCUUGAACAAAAACCGCCAGGAUCGUUUGAUGCGAUCUGGCUUGCCUUCCUCGUCGUACUCAUUUUCGUUUGUUGUACCUCUAAUUGUAAUAAAUUGAAAACAGUGCAGUGACAAUGCAGAUUGUGUGGUAGUAUUCAAGAUUUUGUAAAUGAACUAAUAGGUUUGUUUUUCGAAUGUUUUCACAAUAUUUGUUUUGCUGUUAGUUUCAUGAAAUUCUAGCUUCUCUCAUUUAUUCGUAAUAUCGAGCUUGGUUCCAGUGUGCACAAGCUUGUUCUGUUAUAACAAGAUGGGGAGCAAAUGGAUCGAAGCAGUGGCAAAAUCAAUAAUAGUAGGGAGGACUAAAAGUGGAUGCUAGGAUUCCGGAAAAUGAAGUGCGUACACAGUCUUAAGUUUGUGAAGUAAUGUUGAAAAUGAAGAUUCAGAUAAAGAUCAAAAUUGGAUUCGUCUCUAUUGUUGUGUCUGGCUGUGAACCAUCUCACCCAAGGCAUUUGACUAUUCACCAUAACUAUCUCGUGAAUCCCAACCAGAUAGUUUGUAAAUCCCCAUGUAAUUCUGUCUGGCUGCCAGUGUCUUCGAAAGUGAAUCAUGUCAUAUUAGUUUGGUUAUCUGUAGUCUUUCAACCUGCCUCUAAACUAGUCGCUAUUGAGACCCUAGGUAAACUGUAAUAUGGGUUCAGUGACAUACUUUCUAGCCACAUGAAUUGAACACAAUUUUACAGCCUUAAUAACCAAUUUGUAUAAUUUACCUAGUACCGUACAUCUAAUGCCAUCCUCGUUCACUAUGUUAAAUCAGAAUACAUGAACUAUGCUUCAAAAUACUAGUAGCUCAUAUGUUUUCUGUCACUUUAGAGGCUAUUUUCCAUAAGAAUUAAGUUAAAUAAUGGAUUGCACACAAUAAGAUCGUCACUUAAUAUAUCCAUAUUUUGCGCACAUCACAAUUAGUGCAAGUUGGCAAAGUCAAACGAUCGUGCUUAGACGGUCUUGGUAUGUCUAUCGACUGCAAUUGAAUCACUUUGAAAACUAUUCAUUUUCAGUCUUUACAAGCUAAAUAAAACCGCUUAUCAUAUCAACUCUUUUGGCAUAUAUAAUCUCACAUAGAGCAUAAGCAGUCAUAGAAUAUAGGCUUUACAGAUCGUUCACUGGUCAUUUAAAUUAUGAUUCGAUUAUAAGAUCUAAUUUUUCCCACCACAACAGGCUUGUUGCCUUACUUAAAUUCGGGAUAUCACUAGUAAAUUACCAAAAAGGGAUCUUAAGCGUUGAAAUGUUUUUGAAAAAAGACAAAGGAUAAAACGAAGUUUGAACACAAAGUAUAGCAUUGUCGACCGCUUCACUUGUCUUAAAAGUCUCAUCAGCCCUUGUGGUCUGAUGUGUGACGAAAUCUCAGCACGGAUACAGAAGGCUCGACUAGCUUUUGCCAACCUGCGUCAUUUAUCGCGUAGGCGAGAUACCCGUCUACCAGCCAAAGGAUGGGUUUACUACACAGCAGUUCGUUCUGUUGUACUUUAUGGCAGUGAAACAUGGCCGGAAAGAGAAGAGGAUAUUCGUAGGUUACUAGUAUUCGAUCAUAGGUAUCUUCGAAACAUUGCUCGUAUAUCCUGGGACCACCGAGUAAGUAAGUCAGUUGUUAGGAAACGGGUACUAGGUAAGAAUGGCAAAUGAUUGACGAAGUAGUGAAACUUGAUCAGUUGAGAUGGCUGGGACACGUGUUACGUGUGCCCAACUACCGAUUACCACAACGUGUGGUGUUUUAUGAUGGAGUAGGUUGGAAGAAAGGUAGGGGCGGUCAGACCAAAACAUGGCACAAGUCCAUGAAGUCAUUGACAAGUAGACUGAGUCAUGUUGGUAGGUGUAAACUACCUGGUUGGGGACCGCGAGGUGAUAGCAACCGAUGGUUAAAGACCUUGAAUGAUAUGGCUCAAAAUCGUUUGCAGUGGUGUGUGCAGGUGCAUCCACUCUUUGUGUUCUCCCAAAUUCUAAUCUUCUGAAUUCUCCAUAUCCUUUUUUUCCUUCCAAAUUUAUCUCACUGGAUUAUCCUCCUUGAAUAACAUCUUCAAACCUUAAUCUUUCCGAUUACUGCUUAUAUUCUUACUACCUCUACCACUACGGGAUUUGGACCGAUAGCUGCAUCUCUGUGGUAAUGUGGUGUGGCAACUCGAAAUGAUGUACGUACGUACAAAGUCCCACGUUGUUACUGACAGACUGAUUGUAUAUUACUGACUUGUAGGUCAAACAAGUGCAUUUAAACUUCUGUAAUAUAUUUGAUCACCAUUACUGAAUGGCGAACUUUUAUCUCUUACACCAUUUCUGUCAACCAUUGUUUAUUAUAUACUGUCCUAUUUCAGUCUUUCCGUCUCUUACAUUAACGUAUAUUUUACAGGACAAAACAACGCUGUGCAAUAAAUGCAAAUUAGUACACUUUCUUCGGUUGGUUAGCUGAAAUUAAUUAAACAGAUGCAUUAAAAUAUACUGAUAGUGAACUAACCGUUGUGUAAAAACGUUUUUCUGCUCCGAAAGCAUCAAUUCUACAAAAGACUCAUUGCAAACUAAAGGUGAAAAAGAGCUCUAACGGAUUUUAUUGAUUAACUGAAAGUAUGGAUGCUUAAAAGCUACGACUUCACUUUAUACCAUAUUACAGUAGUUAACAAUGGAUUUUCGCGAGUUGAACAAAAUCAAGAAAGAAAAUAAAAAGAAGCCCAUACUUGUAAUUAAAGAUCGAAAAACUGCUCUGUCGGCUUUGGAUAUUCAAAAGUUGUUAGGCUUGACGAUUUUUCCCCAACAUUUCAUUAAAUGGCCUGAUUGGUGUUCAGUCACCAAGCCCUCGUUCAUCAAGAAUAUUGUUCUGGUAUUUAUUAACAGAGUAAAUACUCUAAAAUCGAACGAAAAAUAUGGACAACAGUUUGCUCUGAUGUUUGGGGAGCCACUGAAAGUAUUAAAUCCAGAAGCUUAUAAGUAUACAUGGGACAGAGAAAUUUCUACUGUCCCCAGAAGUUUCCUCACAACUCACGCAGCAGCUAUGGCGGAUUUAAAUAAGUCAAUACUAACUCCUGUUCCCCGCCGCACGUGGAUAGAUGAUGAAAAAACUAUUGAUAAAAUGCGUAUAAUCAAAUCAGUUCACGAAAUAACUAAAGAACAGUUACCUUCACAGACUACUAAUUCUACUUCUACUACUACGACUACUACUAAUGAACCAGUAGAAAAACGCACUCUUAAAAGAAAAGCUGAUAAACUUUUUCCACUACCUAUACCAGGUACACCUGAUGCAUUUGAUAGAACUUUACUGAUUUUAAAUGUUGAGCAAAUGAAAAAAGAAAACGUUCCAUUACCUAAUGAAUUAUUAAUCGACCAACGUAAAUACUUCAAAAACCGUUCAGAUUUUGUACCGAGUAAACCUGUAUACCUUCCUGUAUCAGCCAACAGCCCAAUGUAUGCAGUAGACUGCGAAAUGGUACUUACAUCCGUAGGAAGUGAGUUGGCUCGAGUGACUAUGGUUGAUGAGAAGGCAACAGUUAUGUUCGAUCGUUUAGUGAAACCGCCAAAUCCUGUUAAAGACUAUUUAACUAAAUUCAGUGGAAUUACUAGAGAAAUGCUUGCAUUAAUAGACACUACACUGGCAGAUAUACAGCGCGAAUUAGCUGAAACGUUACCAGGAGAUGCUAUCUUAGUUGGUCAUUCGAUUGGAAAUGAUUUAGAAGCCAUGAAGGUUUUUCAUCCGUAUUUAAUUGAUACAAGUGUCAUCUAUAAUCUGAAAGGCAAUAGAGCGGCUAAAACACGUCUUCGAUUCCUAUCAGAACAUUUUCUCGGACGUAUGAUUCAAACUGGUAAAGGAGGUCAUUCUUCCGCUGAAGAUGCCAUUGCUACAAUGGAUCUGGUGCGAUUAAAAUUAAGCCAAGAUAUUGGCUUUGGUGAUGUGACUACAUCUUGGCGUUUCCCAGAAGAUUACCAAUCGCCAAUAGAAACCAAGUCUGCUAGAUUUACUGCAUUAACAAGUAAUAAACAAAACUCAAACAUCUCUGGUUGUUUACAGCAACAUAGCAAUACUACUAACGACAAUAACCUUCCAUUUAUUUCAUCAACAUGUAAUGAUUUAUUAACAGAAAGUCAAUAUUUUGAAACUCAUCCAGUUUUUCAAGAUCAUCUAUUAAAAUUAUGUUCAUUUUAUAAAUCUUUGGGUAAACCAAUUCACUUGUUUAAUCGUUUACUACAUGAUUCCGGUAUAACUUAUGCUUAUUGGCCAAUUUAUCAAGGAGAAAACGACAAAGAACAACAACAACAACAACAAAGAGAAGAACAAGAGAGAGAAAAGGAAUCAGUUCAGCAUAUUACUACUGAUUCAAAACAUAGCGAAAUUUUCAUACCUAUAAAUUUUAAUUCAACUGAUCAUGAAACGACUACUACUGAUAAUGUAAACACAACAACAACAACAACAACAACAACAACUACUGCUACUACUACUACUACUACUACUACCAACAGUGAUGAACCUACAACAACAUUGACAGUAGUCAAUAAGAUUUCGAAAAAAUUAUCAAAUUACAUCGUUGGUUUGUGUAAUUCACGUAGAUUAGUAAUGAUACAGGCGAAUUGUUCGCCUGAAUGGGAUAAAGAAAAAUGCUACCAUAAAGUGUGUAAAUUCUGUACAAAAUUAUAUUCAAAUUUAGCAGAAAAUAGUUUAAUCGGUAUUAUUUGUACAGGUUCCGAAUUUCAAAAGCCAUUGUCUAAAAAACGUACACAUGCAAACAUUUUAAAAUCAGCUUUAGGCAAUUUUUAUAUAACACUCAAUUCAAAUGUUGUUGUUCAAACUACAACUGUUGAUAAUGAUUCCAAAUGAAGAUGCUUAUUAGUAUUGACUUUUGUUAUGUGUAAAUUUUGAAUUUCAACCGACUCAAUCUUUUGUUUAUACCAUAAUAAUUUCCGAAAUAUAGAAAUAAACAUUAUUCUUUUGUAUAAAUUACGCAUAUUUCUUAUGAUGAUGUAAUUAUUUACUAACAAAGAGAUAUAUGAUCGA